UUUUAAAAUCAAUAUCAAUAAAUUCCAAGCUAUUUACAGAAAUCGAUAUAAAUAAAACACCUUGUAUAUUUGAAACUUGCGGAGAGUUAGAGAAUGAGAGUAAUAGUAUUACGUUUUAUAAGUGAAGUGAUUUUGAACGUUUUGUCCUCAGUGAAGCGAUUUUUAUAUAAAAACGCAGAGAGGAGUAUUUAAUUUUUAAAAAUUAUUUUUAACUAAAAAAUACAUAAAGAUAUAAUUUCAUUAACAAAAAUGGGAGAUGAAGUUAAUCCUAAAGCAUAUCCUUUAGCAGAUGCUACAUUAACUGCUAAGAUCUUAAAUUUAGUACAACAAGCAAUGAAUUAUAAACAAUUAAGAAAAGGAGCUAAUGAAGCAACAAAAACAUUAAAUCGCGGUCUAUCAGAAUUUAUUGUAAUGGCUGCAGAUGCAGAACCUUUAGAAAUUUUAUUACACUUGCCAUUAUUAUGUGAAGAUAAGAAUGUUCCAUAUGUAUUUGUUAGAAGCAAACAAGCUCUAGGUCGUGCUUGUGGUGUAUCUAGACCUGUUGUUGCUUGUUCUGUGACAGUUAAUGAAGGUUCUCAAUUAAAACCACAGAUUCAAGCCAUACAACAAGAAAUUGAACGUCUUUUAGUUUAAAUAUUUUGUACCUGAUUUAAAAUCAUUCUUUUUAAAUAUAAUAACCAAUUAUUUUUAUUUUUUAAAUUUGUGAAUAAUUACAAAUAAUUAAAUUUCAUAUACUUUUCAUACAAUGAAAUGUAUAAGUUAUUCUUAUGAAUAAAAAAUUUAAAUAAAUAUA